AUGAGCAAUUCUGAGCAGCAGGAAUCGAAUCCUGGUUCGAUUGCCCAUUCUUCGGACCCACAUGAAGAUCUGCAGCUAGAUUUGCCGUCGUUGAGCUCUUUCCUCAAUGUUGACCGAUCUCUUUUGGAGGGAGUCAACGAGCUGCUGUUAGCACAGAUCAAUGUCAAGUUCAACAAUUGGGAAUCUCUCAAGGCAGAGAAGUUGAUUGUUGACAUGAAUUUUGAACAAUUUAAACAUGAGUCUUCCAAGAGUUUGGAUCAUCUCAAGAAAGAACUGAAUGCUUCACACACAAAGAAUUUGGAGACGGAGAAGUUGCUACAAGAAGAGAAGGAGUCAAAGGAUAAAUUAACCACUGAAUUAGAAUCUGCGAAGACUAAUAUUUCAAACCAGGAGAAAGUUAUUGCCAACUUGAAGUUACAGGCGGAGACAGCUUUAGAUGAAAAACAUUCGGUGUUUGAACUGUUGAACUCUAAGCAAAGCCAGGUAAACACUUUGAAAGCUGAACUAGAUCAGCUAAGUUCCAAUAACUCUUCGCUGAGAAAACAGUAUUUCGAAUUGGAGAACAAAAGUCAAUCGCUGACCACUGAACUGUCGAGAAAUAAACAUGAACUUUUUGCUUUAAGUCAAGAAUUAGAGCUCACAAAGAAGAAUUCUGAGUGGUAUGAUUCCGAGCUCUCCAAUAAAGUACAAGAGUUGAAACGAUUGCGUCUGGAAAAAAGGGAAACAGUGUCUCAGUUGCAAAAAGAAUUGGAUACGAAUAGAACUGGAUUUAUCUCGACUAAAGCAAAAUAUGACAGCUUGUAUGAAUCAUACAACAAAACAGCCACUGAAUUGGACAAGGCACUAACCGAUCUCAAGCGAGCUAAAGACGACUACUCUAAGAAGGAAUCCGACUUUUUCAAGGAAAUGUCAAUUAAAGACAACCAAGUACGAUUCUUAGAGGAGUCUAAUGAGAAUAGGAAACAGAGGAUAGACGAGCUGGAUUCGAUCAUUGCUACUUUGCAAAGCGAAGUUGAUAACAACUCCAGCAAGAUCAACUCCCAGCUGGAGGAGAAGGAAAAACUAGUUGAAGCUCAGGAAUUACAGAUCCAACAGUUGACAGAAACAAUUGAAGAUCUGACAAACCAGACUGAACAUAGCCACGGAUUCCUGAACGAAAAUGCUCAAAGAGUGUUGAAGCAAUCUUCAAGCAAUUUAUCCUUGAGCCAACUCUACACGGAUUUCCAAUUAAUGAAAAAGCAGCUGAGCAAUGAACGAAGAUUGAAAGAAAAAAUGCAAGUGCAGAUUGAUCAUUUUAUUGAAGAACUAUCGAAAAAACUUCCAAUAAUUGAGUCUACCAAAGAGAAAUGCUCUUUGAUGGAAAAUGAACUUGUGGAGUAUAGCAUUCUUCUUGAGAAAACUAGAUUUGAGAGGGAUGAUGCUAAGAGACAGGUCGCAGCUUGGAACAAGUCCAUAGAUGAAUACGAGGAUCGUAUAAACUCCUUGGCGACUCAAUCAGCCGACCUGAAAUCCCAGGUCAGCACGCUAGUGGCUCAAAUAUCUUUAAAGACUGACGGUUCUUCUCCAUUAACCACGGAAGAAAAAGAGCUCAUCAAAUCAUUGAACGGCAAAACUACAUCUUUUGUUAACGGAUCAGAUACCGAUAAGAUAAUAUCUGAAAGACUUGUAAAAUUCAAGGAUAUUAACGAACUUGUGAAUAAAAAUGCUGAACUAAUCCAAGCGUUGAGAGAACUCGGAAAGAAAUUAGAGAAUCAAGAAGCGCACCAAAAAGCUAACAAGGCCACAUUUGAAAGUGAAACUUUAAAGGAAGUUAGGGAAAACAACAUUCGUCUUGAAGAUGAGCUUAAGCAGACUCAAGAAAAACUGUUACUCAUAAUGAAAGAGCGAGACAUGUUCCGAGAUAUUCAUAAGUUGCAAGGUGAACCAACAGAAAGUACUCAAACCUCAUCUCAAUCAGAAAAAGAAGUCGUAGCUCUCACCGAGGAAUUGGAUAGAUCAAGAACUGAAUUAGUAGUGCUGAAGAAAGAGUCUAAAGCAACCAUUGAGGAACUCAACAAGCAAAUCAGAUCUCUGUGGGAAGCCAAGUCUGAUAUUAAUUUACAGCUAGCUAAGGCUAAUUCAUCGGUAACAAUUGCUGAAGAAAGACUAAAGGCAUCGUAUGAAUCAAAUAGAUUCAUUAAGCUAGAGCUUGAUCAAAUAAAAGGUGCUAAUGAAUCUCUGUCACAAUCUUUGAACUCAACCGAGGAGAAUAAUAAGAAAUUGUUCGAAGAAACUUUAUCCCUCAGAUCGGAGGUGUCAAAUAUCAACUCGGAAUUGAGGAGUCUUCGGUCUGAAAAGUCAAUAUGGACUUCGUUUCAAGAAAGAAUCAAAGACGAAAACAAACAAUUGCACAACGAGAAGGCUUCGCUGAAUAGUUUAGUGAACAACCUACAGUUGAUGUUAUCCGAAAGAGAGAAUAGUUACACUGAUUCCAUUAAGCGCUUAUCGACCUCGUUGGAUUCAGCUGAAAAGGAGCUUGAAAAUGCUAAGCAAAGGAUUAUCAAUCAAUCCACCGAGAUAUCCCUUCUAGUGAAACGGAGAGACAGCGAUCUUGAAAUUUUACGGGCCAGAAUUGAUUCCUUGACUGCAGAGUUAAGUUCAACUCGUGAAUCUCUAAUAAAAGAAACAGCUGCUCUGGCUCGUGCCGACCAAACGGUUGAACUUUUAAAUUCUCAAGUUCGGGUUCUGGAAGAGAAAAUCAAACCCAUUCAUGGCAUAGCCUCCAGAAGAUUAUCAGCCACUAGCAAGGACUUAAACACCAUCGAGGAGUACAAGGAAGCUCUUGAAAAACUGGAAUCUGAUUUGGAGAUUGCUCAACAAUCAGCAGAUCAGUUUAAGAAUGUAGCAGAAGCAGCAGAAGCAGAACUAACCAGACUUGGUUCCAGCUUUGAUGAAUACAAGAAUGUGUAUGAGACCAAAUUGAAAGAGUAUUCUGAGGAGAAUGGCAAGCUUUCAUCUUCUAAUGAAGACUUAAAACAGAGUAUAGAAAAGGUCAAAGAAGAGCUCCAAGAUUCAAAGACGGCCUGGGACGAGGAAAGGGGCACACUUCUAAAUAAGAUCACAAAUUUGGAAGUAGACGCAAGCUCAGUCAAUUCGUUCAAACAUGACCUAGAGGCCAAAGUUGAACUACUUCAGACGGAAUUGACACAACUAACGGAAGAAUCAAAACUCCAGAAUGAUGACUUAAACAAAACAAAAAGUGAAAUUGAUGAGCUAAACAAGGUCAACCAAGAAUUAACUCUUUAUAAGAAUAGCACUGAGUCCCAGAUUACCGAAUUGACCAACAGGGCUGAAACAGCCGAAAAAGGUUUGAAAGAAGCUGAAAUAAGUUGGGAAAAUCAGAGGAACUUGCUGCUAGGGGAGAUUAAAGAAACCAAGAAUAAGAUCGACGAACUAAAUGUUGAAAACAGAAUGCUUUUAAAUCAGUUGGAGUCUGCAACGGAUAGUACUGGUGGUUCUCAACUGAAGAAAAAUGACAUUUUGACUGGGGACAAUGACAACACCAGCCAACUGAUCUCCUUCCUCAGGGACCAGAAAGAUCAUGUCUCACGCGAGCUUCAACAAUCUCAAAUGGAAGUUACUCGCCUUCGUCAGCAAUUGAGCAUAGCUGAGGAAGAGAUAGAACAAUCUAAGAUUGAAGCAGAAAAGCUUGAAGGGUAUGAAAAGUUAUCCAAUGAGUUGCAAGGCGAAAUUACUAAAUCUGCUGAGUUAUCUAAAAUAGUAUCAGAGUUGCGACAGGGAAAUACUGAUCUUAGAAAUGAAAAUCAGAGCCAAGUAAACCGUAUCACGGCACUGUAUCACCAGCUUGAGCAAGAAAAGGCAAAGAAUGAGCCUUUUGAGAUACAAAUCAAGCAGCUAAAAGUUGAGGUUGAAACAAAAGGCAAGGAAGCCACAAUGAACCAGGAGCAGUUAGAAUAUUGGAAAACUAGAUCGCUUAACUUACUGAAUGAAGUUGGCUCUAUUGGAAACGAAGAAUAUGUGAAGGAGGCCGAGUCCCUGAAAGAAAAACUAGCCGAAGUCGAAGGAAAGCAUUCUGAACUUAGUGCCAGGUUCAACAGACUCAAAGAUGAGGCUCAAUCAAAGUUGAAGAGGCGCAAAGAGGAUUAUGAAAUGCUUCGUAGAGAACACGAAGAAUUGCGCAAAACAUUGGCUGAUACGAAUGCCGAAGUUUCUUCUCUCACUGAGAAAUUAAAUUUGAGUUCUAAGACCAGUGAGUCUUUGACGCAAGAACUUGAACAAUUGAAAUCGAAACAGACGUCAGCCGAUUUGAAUUCUGAAAAGCACGUGGACGAGCUCAAGAAGAAGCAAGAAGAAGUUGAAAGACUGCUUGCAGAAAAUAACAAACUGAAAGAAACUCAAGUGCAAAGUCCUGAAACCUCUGAAGAGGUCGAGGCACUUAAGAAAGAGCUUCAAGAAGCUAAAGAGGCUGUUAAGAAGGCUUCGAGCCAAGCUGAUAAGGAUGAUAGCACAUCUAUUGACACUCUUAAAGCUAAGUUGGCUGCGGAACAUGAGGCUGAUGUGGCAGCUCGUAUUGCCGCAGCUGUAGAAGAAACCAGGAAAAAGAUUCGUGCACCUGUGGAAGAGCGUAUUCAGAGUGUAAUCAACAAGAGGUGGAAUGACCGCAAGAAAGAUUUGGAAAACGAGUACCAGAAAAGAAUAGCUGAAGCAUCAAAGAAAUCGGAAACUUCAGGCAACGUUGAGGCUUUGAAAAAGGAAUAUGAAACAAAAUUGGAAGAGGUAAAGAUUGCCGCUCGAGAGGAAGGCCGUAGUGCGGCUAGGAAGGAAGCCGAACUUCGUACUAACCUACUGAAGCGAAAAGCCGAAAAGGCAGAGGCUGAACUUAGGAAGUUAAAGCAAGCCCAGGAGAAAGUCUCAUCUCAGCCUCAACCUCUACCUAUAGAAACUGCGGUUUUAGAUACAGCGACCGAUUCCAAAGAUUCAAACGGUACUCAAACCCCCACAAAACGAGCUGCCGAACUUGAUUCCCCAGGCUCUGACUCUCCAGGGAAAAAGACCAAGAAAGAGUAA